AUGAAGGUCAGGAGAAAAAAGCGAACAAAAGCAAACUGCAGCCACCCUGCGGGCCACCCGCACCCGCCCGGUGGUGGCGGCGGCGCCAAGAGCUCGGCCACGGUGAGCCGCAACCUCAACCGCUUCUCCACCUUCGUCAAGUCCGGCGGGGAGGCCUUUGUGCUGGGCGAGGCAUCGGGCUUCGUGAAGGAUGGGGACAAGCUGUGCGUGGUGCUGGGACCCCGGGGCCCCGAGUGGCAGGAGAACCCCUACCCCUUCCAGUGCUCCAUCGAGGACCCCACCAAGCAGACCAAGUUCAAGGGCAUGAAGAGCUACAUCGCCUACAAGCUGGUGCCCAGCCACACCGGGCAGCAGGUGCACCGCCGCUACAAGCACUUUGACUGGCUCUACGGGCGGCUCGCUGAGAAGUUCCCUGUCAUCUCCGUGCCACACUUGCCGGAGAAGCAGGCCACUGGCCGCUUCGAGGAGGACUUCAUCUCCAAACGUCGCAAAGGCCUGGCCUGGUGGAUGGACCACAUGUGCAGUCACCCCGUGCUGGCUCAGUGCGAUGCCUUCCAGCACUUCCUCACCUGUCCCAGCACGGAUGAAAAGGCCUGGAAACAAGGCAAGCGCAAGGCUGAGAAAGAUGAGAUGGUGGGUGCCAACUUUUUCCUGACUAUCAGUGUCCCCACAGGCCCUGGGGCCAGCCUGGACUUGCAGGAGGUGGAAAGCCAGGUGGAUGGCUUCAAAGCCUUCACAAAGAAGAUGGACGAGAGCGCCAUGCAGCUUAAUCACACAGCCAACGAGUUUGCCCGCAAACAAGUCACUGGUUUCAAGAAGGAAUACCAGAAGGUGGGGCACUCCUUUAAGUGCCUCAGUCAGGCGUUUGAGCUGGACCAGCAGGCCUUUUCGACUGGCCUCAACCAAGCCAUAGCCUUCACUGCAGAAGCCUACGAUGCCAUCGGGGACCUCUUUGCAGAUCAGCCCCGCCAGGAUCUAGAUCCUGUCAUGGAUUUGUUAGCGCUGUAUCAGGGGCAUUUAGCCAACUUUCCAGACAUCAUCCACGUCCAGAAAGGAGCCCUUACCAAAGUAAAGGAGAGUAAGCGGCAUGUGGAAGAGGGAAAGAUGGAGCUCCAAAAAGCUGAGGGCAUUCAAGAACGCUGUAACAUUAUUUCUUUUGCAACCCUAGCAGAAAUUAAUCAUUUCCACAAAAUUCGUGUGAGGGACUUUAAAUCACAGAUGCAGCAUUUCUUACAACAGCAAAUACUCUUUUUUCAAAAAGUGACACAAAAGCUAGAAGAAGCUCUUUACAAGUAUGACAGUGUUUAAUCUCUGAACUUUGAUUUGUCUACUUCUCUCAGCAUGAACAUGACCCAGGUGGCAGAGCAAAUACUGCUGCUGCUGUUGAAGAACUGUUGCCAGUGGUAGACGGUGGUACAGGGAUGGUUUUGUGUUCACCUGGAACCCCAGUUUAAUCUCCGAUUAUGUAGAAAGGAAACAGUUAUAGGGCUAUGUAGUAGAAACAGUACCACAAAUUGUAACUAAGUUAUACUGUGUAUGCCUACACUACCAUUGUAACUUUUUUGAAAUAAUGAGUAUACUAUUUGCCUUAUUGCUUUUUGAAAUAUGGUAUUUUAGUGCAUACUUUGUAGACCUCAAAACCCUUUGGGUCUUUAAGGAAGUUGGCUGGAUAAAAGCCUGCUUCAGAUGCCUUUUUACUUUCCUAGAUUUGGAUUUCCUAAUUCAAACUAUUCUCUGUUUACAGACUCCUACUAGAGCAGCUAUGUGAUUCUGUGCCUUUAGAAUCUAUUUUUCCUUUUCUAGUAAGUCACAUUUUUAUGAUUGAAUGAAUGAAGGGUUGAUGCCUGUGACAGGAACUGAUUAUGAAACCUCACACUGACUGGAAAAAAGUCAACUGCCAUCCAGUUUGCACAGCAAGUACUGUCUUAUGACAAAUGUUGGCUCAAAAAGGAGAACUUAAACCUAUUCACACUUUCCCUGAAAAUGGAGACUACUUGUUACAUGUACUAGGAUGUUAAGCACAUAUACGAAAAUACACCACUUAAUUUCCUUUCCGAAAUGAAUAAUACAGUGAGGUGAUUUUUUUAGUGUACAGCAUGACUGUGAGUGGAAAUUUGAAGAGCUAGCCUAAUAAAAUUUAUGUUUAUCAAGGGGAUAUGAAUGCAAGCUAUUUGGCUAGAACUUUUCUUAAGUUUGAAAUUAUCUGUUUGUUGUUGUUUCUGAUUCAGUUUAAUUUCAGACUUGCAUCUGCAUUGCCAGUUGUCUGAAUUGAAACUCCACUGUGAUUCAUUAGUUUACUAAGUUAGAAAAUUUUCAGGGAUGUUCAGUAAUAGAAAUGAUCUAAAAUAAGUCUUGGCUGAACUGACUUGGAAAACAGGUGGCAUUUUUAUGUUUGUAACACUCAAGAAUUAACAGUUGUCUUAAUUUUUGUGUAAAUAUUUUUGACAAGCAGGGUGCAUUUAUAUAUACAUAAACACUAUCUUUUAAAGAUUUUUCUGGCUUAUUUCCCUUGAAUUAAGUCUGAAGUAUGUGUUUCUUACCUAUUGAUUUCCUUCUUAUAGGUCAGUAUGAAAGAGGGAUUUUAUUUCUUUUUAUUUUCUUUUCUUUUUUUAUUUUCUUUCCUAAACAAAAAUAACAAAACCUCCCAAGGAAGCAAAAUGUUUACUUUUUUGUUUUUAAUUAAAUUAAUCAAAGAUAGCUUAAACAAAUGAAAGCCUGGAAAAGGACAUUAAGCAACAGUUACAUUUAGGUACAAAUCAUUCCUCACCUGUCAGCAGAAAUGUUCACUUCUUUCUCUCGAUCAUGUGAGUUUCUGUAGCUUAACCCCACACCUCUGUUUUAGAGGAAUAAAUGUAAGAAUAUACCUUUGGUUUUAAUAUUCACCCCCAAAUGCUUGGAGAUUGCUGUUUUGCGCAAGUUGUGUUUGGCAGUACUUCUAGUAUGUACCCAAAGAAGUAAAAUACAGAAUAAUGAAGAGGAAAAAAACAGUAUUAGUAAAAGAAGGGACAACUGGUGAGGAAAGACUCCAUUUCCAGGCUAUUAAAAGAGUGCUGCAAACCACAAGGUUGACCAUAAAAUAAGGACCAUAGUCAUAGGGCUGACUUGCUCAUUAUCUU